UUCUAAGAAAAUACCUUAUGCCGAUACCAAGGCGAUCAGAAAUUGGCAAAAAAUCAUUUGAAAUGUUUUAUUCUGACACUGUUCGCAUAUGAAUUACUCAAACAUUGGACUUAAAUCUAUUUCAAUCUUAUCAAAAUAGAUCUAAAUCGUGUUUAUUAUUAAUGUCCUGACUCGUAAAUGCUACACGCUUUCAUUUAAACCCUUACAGCUCAAUUUACAUGAUAAAAAAAAUAGCAUUGGUGUACUUAAAGCUCGACAUUUUUUGAAAAUGAGUAUACGUACAGUAUUAUAAACAAAAGAAAUCAAACUGACAAAGCCCCCAAUAUUGGAAUGCACAAAUCAGGAUCAAACAUUAAAAAGCAGAGAGUGUAGAUAAUGAAUCGAUCUGAUAAACAUGUUGUGUUUUUUAAUUCUAGUUCAUUUAUAUUUUUUGCAGUUAAUGUGACUUCCAUUUUCAAUGAACUAGUACACAGUUUUUUAGUGCUAUCUUAAGCCCGCCUACAGGUGCGGGAUCUUUUCGCCAUGUUGAUGACAUAUUGGUGGCCUUCGAAUUGUAGGAUUUGAUUAAACCCGCAUAAAUGUGAAAAAUAUUAAAAUAUAAGUUUUAGUUAGAUGCAACAUAUUUCACAUGUAUACAUGGUUUGUAAAGUUCAAUAAUGAUUAACUUCGAUAUAAUUCGAGGAAGUAUUGCAAUAAUACUAUUUGUACUUGUUUUGAAGUCUGGACUCAAUUUUUUUCAUCAAAAGAUAUUCGAAUUGAUGAGUAAUACUUUUUUGAAAGUUGUGAACAACUUAUUUUCUUUUCUUAUAAUUAAAACAUACGAAUCAAAUCCUUACCGCAAUAUAACGGAAUAUAGGACUGCCAUCUCUUCAUUUGUCCAGCUAGAAACACAUCAAAAAAGAAAUGGAAUCAAAUCUUCAUCAAAAAGUAAUACAAGAUUUCAAGCAAAUUCACCUCCAUGCAAAAGACAGAGAAAGGAAUCAUUAACGACCAAGCUGUUAAGAAAUACAACUGGUGAUGUUUGUGAGUUUAUCAGUAUAUUUGAUUCAAAUGCCCAUGAAAUGCUGAUGAAAAAAUAUAAAGCAUUUGGUCCAGUUUACACAUUUUCAGCUUUUGGAAAGAAAAUGGUAUUUUUAUUUGAGGCGGAUGAUGUUGAGAAACUGAAAGCUGCUGAAGGUAGAUACCCACAACAUGUUGACUUCAAACAUUUAAGGCGACACAGAGAGGACCAAGGAUACCCAAAGGGACUCUUAAUAAGUAAUGACAAUGAAUGGUUAUGUCAAAGGAAGAUUUUAAGUAACCCAAUGAUGCUGAAGAUUGGUCAUCAAAUUAAGCAUUUAGAAGAACUUACAUUAAAAACAUUGGCAAAUGCAGUUGAAGAUUAUACCAUAAAUGAAUUUGGAACAUUUGAAGUCGAACCAAUCACAAGAGAUUUCGCAAUAAAUGCAUUCGGAAGUGUUUUGUAUGGAAAUUCUUUUGAAUCAACAUUUACACAGAAUGGGAAGACAAUGCAGGAAUUUGCAGAAAAGGCAAAAAAUAACUUUGACGAUGCUAAGAAGUUAUUAAUUACACCAGAAUGUAUAAUGAAGAUGCACCCAGCGUGGAAACGUCACAACAAUAGAUGGAAUUUUCUGCUGAAAACCACUAUGGAUAUGAUCGAAAGGCAUUCAAACGACACAUCUGAUUGUAGUAUUCUGUCACAUUUGUUGCAGAACAGAAAACUUAACGAUAAAGAAAUCUACAUUAAUUUGACAGAUUUACUGGUUGCCAGCAUAGACACAACAAAUACAACCUUACAAUGGUGUCUCUAUGAACUUGCAUGUCAUCCCGAUGUACAGGAUAACAUUAUUUCUGAAGCUGAAAGAAUAUUGGAAGGAAGAUCAAGUUUGGAGAAGACAGACUUGGAUAAAUUAGAAUUUCUCAGUGCUGUUCUUUGGGAAACGUUAAGAUUGCAUCCAGUUGGAUUCUUUACAAGUCGCAUAAUAAAAGACUGCAUGGAAGUGAAAGGUAUUAUGAUACCACCUCAGACCAAUGUUGCUAUAUCAAUGUACGUGAUGGCAAGAAAUUUGGUUCUUUUCCAAAACCCAGACAAAUUUGUACCAGAGAGAUGGAUGACUGAUAAUGCCAAAAUAAAAAAGCUUAAUCGUGAUGUUUUCUUUGGUUUUGGACCAAGAAUGUGCUUAGGUAAAAAAAUGGCUGAAAUGGAAAUGAAGCUCUUUAUCCUCAAAUUUUGCCAACAGUUUGAGUUUUCUACGGAUGAUACUGAAAUGGAUCAAGUAGUGAAAUUACUACUGUCACCAAGCAGACCAGUCAAAAUCAACACGGUAUUGCGACAACUUACGGACUGAUUUAACAUUAAUAUUGUUGUUACAUUAUAACAAAUAUCAACCUACUAUAAACUGCAAAAAUGAUCAGUAUUUUAAGACUUGCAAUUUGAGGUCAAUAUUAGGUCAUAAUGAAAUUUAACCUUGACCUUCAAAGUGUACUAUGACCCUGACAUUGUGAUAUUUGAAAGGUCAAGUGGUCCUGAGUUAAAUGGUGAUAGUCUUAUGUUUCUACGACUUCCGGUUCUCAAGUUUGGUAUUGCACCAUAUAUUUGAUGAUUCAUUGUGACCUUGAUGAAUUUUGGAAUUGUCCCAUAUUGUUUUCUACAAUGUUGUCCUCCAACUGCAGAUCGUUUAUCAUUUAAAAGAUUUGAGAUAUCUAUUGUCGUUUUAGAGAUAAUGGAGAAAUUUUGCGAGCGGAGGCAUGUAUUUCUGAAUCAACAACAGCUUACAACUAAAAAUGUUAAGAAAUUGAAGAGGUUAACAUUGUUAUAUGUUGACCAAAUACCAAAAACAUUCCAUGGAAAAAUCCUCCAAAAAAUCAAUUUGAAAUUUUCAUGUUUUGCAUUGACUUUGUAAGUUUCACAACUUCUAUUUAUAUAGUUGAUAUUGCAUCAUUUUUGGCACUUUGUCAAAUGGGGUCAUCUGAUAAAUCAAAUUGUCUUAAUAAACUCUACUUAAAAAUGAAAAUGUAAACUCCUUUUUCAUCCCAGGGGGAAGGUUGGGGUCAUUUAGUGCAAAAAUUCAAAUUUCUCAGAUGGUAAGGUUGUCGCAUAUCAAAUGAAAAAACAUAAAGCGUACAUUUCAAAUUUCAAAUUGACGUCCCCCAAAAAUUAAUUGAAGGGGUCAUUGAGUGCAAAAAAAUAAAUUUUCU